UUCUCAUUCUUCUCUCUAUAAUAAUAAUAUCUCUCCUGCUUCUCCUUCUCUAAGAAGCUCUCUUUUCUCUCUCCUUUGAUUCACAACAACCUUUUCAAGAUGCAAAUCUUUGUAAAGACCCUCACUGGCAAAACCAUCACUCUCGAGGUUGAGAGUUCAGACACUAUUGACAAUGUUAAGGCAAAGAUCCAAGAUAAGGAAGGAAUUCCUCCAGAUCAGCAAAGGUUGAUCUUUGCUGGAAAGCAGUUAGAGGAUGGGCGAACUCUUGCUGACUACAAUAUCCAAAAGGAGUCUACCCUCCACCUUGUCCUUCGUCUGCGUGGUGGUAUGCAGAUCUUUGUAAAAACUUUAACAGGGAAGACUAUCACUCUCGAGGUUGAGAGCUCAGACACAAUUGAUAAUGUUAAGGCAAAGAUUCAGGACAAGGAAGGCAUUCCUCCGGAUCAGCAAAGGUUGAUCUUUGCUGGAAAGCAACUUGAGGAUGGUCGUACCCUUGCUGACUACAACAUCCAAAAGGAGUCCACCCUCCACCUUGUUCUCCGUUUGCGUGGUGGUAUGCAGAUCUUUGUAAAAACUUUGACAGGAAAGACUAUUACCCUUGAGGUUGAGAGUUCCGAUACAAUUGACAAUGUCAAAGCUAAAAUCCAGGAUAAAGAAGGCAUUCCUCCAGAUCAGCAGAGGUUGAUCUUCGCUGGAAAGCAACUUGAGGAUGGUCGUACCCUUGCUGACUACAAUAUUCAGAAGGAAUCCACUCUCCAUCUGGUGCUGAGGCUGAGGGGUGGUAUGCAAAUCUUUGUGAAAACCUUGACUGGGAAAACUAUUACUCUUGAAGUUGAGAGCUCGGACACCAUCGACAAUGUGAAGGCAAAAAUUCAAGAUAAGGAAGGGAUUCCACCUGACCAGCAGAGGCUUAUUUUUGCUGGGAAGCAGCUUGAGGAUGGAAGGACUUUAGCUGAUUACAACAUCCAGAAGGAAUCAACCCUCCAUUUGGUGCUGCGCCUGAGGGGUGGUAUGCAGAUCUUUGUGAAGACAUUGACAGGGAAAACUAUCACCCUUGAAGUUGAGAGCUCGGACACCAUCGACAAUGUGAAGGCUAAAAUUCAAGACAAGGAAGGAAUCCCACCUGACCAGCAGAGGUUGAUUUUUGCAGGGAAGCAGCUUGAGGACGGGAGGACUCUUGCUGAUUAUAACAUCCAGAAAGAGUCCACACUCCAUUUGGUGCUCCGAUUGAGAGGAGGGAUGCAGAUUUUUGUUAAGACUUUGACUGGGAAGACGAUCACCCUGGAGGUUGAGAGCUCGGAUACCAUUGACAAUGUGAAGGCAAAGAUUCAGGAUAAGGAGGGUAUUCCACCAGACCAGCAGAGGCUGAUUUUUGCUGGUAAGCAGCUGGAGGAUGGUCGUACCCUUGCUGAUUAUAACAUUCAGAAAGAAUCAACUCUUCACCUGGUUCUUCGUCUCCGUGGUGGCUUUUGAUAAUUUAUUGUUGUGGCUCUUGGAACUGUUGUCUUUCUUUAGAUCCUUUGGUCGAAAAAUGUUUUUAGACUGUGUGUGAUCUGUUUGGACACUCGUUUCUUUAAUAAAUUUAGCUUCCAGUAUGGCUGAUUGCAUCCUUA